CAUUUCCCAAUUUCGUCCUCUUUGAACUCCGUGCCAUUUAAGUCUCUUUUUUCUCUCUCUUAAUUUUCUUUUUCAGCUCCAAUUUCUUUUCCUGAAUUUGCAAAAUGACAAUAUCCUCUACAAAUAAAGGUGACUCACUCAAGGAUGCGAGGAGUUCAUAUUUCAAUCUACCACCGCUUGAUAUAUCAGAAGCAUUCCCCCAAGCAAAACCUGCAUCGAUAUUUCCUCCUUGUGCAUCCGACUAUUAUCAAUUUGAUGAUCUGCUGAAUGAUGAGGAGAGGGCUAUUCGUGCUAAAGUUAGAGAGUGUAUGGAAAAAGAAGUAGCUCCUAUCAUGGCAGAGUACUGGGAAAGAGCUGAGUUUCCAUUCCAGAUUAUUCCAAAGUUGGGGGCCUUGCAAAUUGCUGGUGGGAGUAUUAAGGGUUAUGGUUGCCCCGGUCUUUCCAUUACAGGAAAUGCUAUUGCCACGGCUGAGGUUGCUAGGGUUGAUGCUAGUUGUUCGACAUUCAUAUUGGUCCAUUCUUCUCUGGCGAUGCUCACAAUUGCAUUGUGUGGCUCAGAAGAUCAAAAAAUGAAGUAUUUGCCUUCUUUGGCACAGUUAAAAACUAUAGCAUGUUGGGCAUUGACUGAGCCUGACAAUGGAAGUGAUGCAAGUGGUCUGCAAACAACUGCUACAAAGGUUGCUGGAGGCUGGAUAUUGGAAGGUCAAAAGCGAUGGAUAGGUAAUAGCACAUUUGCAGACUUACUCAUCAUAUUUGCUAGGAACACUGCAACAAAUCAGAUAAAUGGAUUCAUUGUUAAAAAGGAUUCGCCUGGGCUCACUGCUACAAAAAUUGAGAACAAGAUAGGCUUGCGGAUUGUUCAGAAUGGUGAUAUAGUCCUAAAGAAGGUUUUUGUCCCUGAUGAGGAUAGGCUACCUGGUGUCAAUUCUUUCCAAGACACAAAUAAGGUACUUGCAGUUUCACGGGUCAUGGUUGCUUGGCAACCUAUUGGCAUUUCCAUGGGUGUUUAUGACAUGUGUCUCAGGUACUUAAAAGAGAGGAAACAAUUUGGUGCACCAUUGGCAGCAUUCCAAAUAAACCAGCAAAAGCUUGUGCAGAUGUUGGGAAAUGUUCAGGCAAUGUUUCUUGUUGGUUGGCGCCUUUGUAAAUUGUACGAGAGUGGAAAAAUGACCCCUGGUCAUGCAAGCUUGGGAAAGUCAUGGAUUUCUGUCAAGGCAAGGGAGACAGUGGCUCUUGGUCGCGAAUUACUAGGAGGCAAUGGAAUCCUUGCUGAUUUUCUUGUUGCAAAGGCAUUCUGUGACCUUGAGCCCAUCUACACAUAUGAAGGAACAUAUGACAUCAAUUCAUUGGUGACAGCAAGGGAAGUCACUGGUAUUCCCAGCUUCAAACCUGCUGCAAGGAGCCGCUUAUAGUGCAUAGUUGUUGAUCAAGAAGUGGACUGGAACUGUUAUGUUGGAAUUCGAGUCCUUGUGUUGUUUGUUUAGUUUGUUUAUAAGAAGGCUUGCUUAUGUCGCUUGAACUUUUAUCCAACAUAUUUUUCUAUUUUACUGCUUAAAAUGGGAAGAGGAAUAAUAGCACUAAGCUAAAUUUGUCCAGUGUUAGAAAUAACUCCGGGUAGAUUGUCAAUUAUAUAAUGUUGUAAUAAAAUGCAUUAAGAUUCAUGUUUGUUAAAAAAGUUAAAAACUUGCUCUCCUCCAAAUCCUCUGUUCUCUCUCCUCCUCCAAAACAAAGCCACUGCCGGAAACCUAGGGUCUCGUUGGGGUUCCGGCGCCGCAAUCGGUUCUCCGGCAAGCACCCCCGUAAUUUUCCUUUAUUUUGUGGGCUAAUCUCCCCUGUUUCAUAUUCUCGUCCCUUGUCGUGGUCGAGCUCCCCACCUAUUUAAGUCUCUUGCGGUUCCACCGGCGAUGAAGAGGAAGCGGAGCCAAGUCGACCUUACACCGACGACCUCCACCUCCAUUAAGCUUUAACCUCGUUUCUCUGGCAAGUAUCUUUUUUUAUUUUUUGGUCAAGUAUAGAAGGAUCUUUGGCUUGUUAGCCUCGUGGGAAGUGUUUGGUGUUGUUAAUUUCUUCGGUUCAAGGUUUGUGGACUUGUGUUCCCUUAUUUUGUUCAGUUUAUGGAAGCAUAUUAUUUGCUCUUUAUGGCAUUAAAUUUCUAGCUACCAGUGUUGCUCUUUGUUUUUCUAUUCUUAUUUCAAGUACUAUGGAUGUAUUUGAGGAACUUAGGGGGAAUUUUUGUUUUGCUCGGUUUGAAGAGGAGGAUUUCUCUUUUCAUAAGUUAGAGAAAAUAGUUGGGGAAUUGGAGAUUCCUUUUGGUAUUCUGAAAUUUGUUAGGAGUUUAAAAGAUGGUAACCAGUUGGUACAAGGAGAGUAAUAUGGUUUUAGCCAUUGCAAAAUGCUCUUUUGCACUCAAGAACUUGUCCUUUGUUCUAGUUUGUAAUGAUGAUGAUAAAUCAGUUUUUUCAAGCCUUGUUGUGUCUCUUAAUCUGCUCUGGCAUGUUUAGUCAAAGAGAGGAACUUUGGCAAAGUUGGCUAGUUGUGCUUGGCGGUGUUGUGUUAUGAUAACUCAAAUGUGAAAGCUUACUUUAGAAGAGCGGUAGCAACUUUAGAGCCGAACAAACCCGACUAGCUUUCAUGGAUCUUUCGCAAGCAAUUAGGAUUUAUCCCAACAACAAAGAGUUUAAACAAAAACUAAGGAGAUGACCUCUAGAUUGGGUUGGUCUCAAAAUUUUGUUGAUGAUGCACUUGUGGUUGCAACAGAGGAUGAGAGGUUUAGAGACUUUGUUCAGUUAGGGAAGGAAGAAAAAGAAAGAAAGUUGGGAAAGGAGGGGAAAAGGAAAGAAGGAGAUGGUCAUGAAAAUGGGUGUGCUCGUAGAUGUAUUGGUGUUAAAGAUGACACCAUAGUGGAAAAGAAUGUUGUAGGCAAAUCUUUGGAUUUGGAAGGCAACGUCCGAUCAAGAUGAAAGGCCCAACGUUAUUGAUAACAUUUCUGUUCUGAAGUCAAAUCUUACAGGGUCAAGUUAUUGGUUUUCGAACCGAAAAUGAAUUGAUUCCUAUUUUUAUCUCACCCCGACAAUGUAUGGGGCGGUUUUCAAGGGACGAACACUACUCUACUAUUGUUCUUCCCGGAAGAAUUUUAUUAGCAUUCGAGUACUUGAUCCUCCUAAGAAGAAGGAUACUGUUUAAACUCAAGAAGUUUCUACACCAAUAGAGAUUAGUCACCCCCCUUUUGAAGGGCAUGAUAGAUGUGAAAAAACUCCAAUAUUGACGCAAGAAGAUCCGACUAUAGGUAUAGCCACCCAUGCGUCAUCAUGUGAAAGUAUGUUAAUGUUCUACCCAGAUGCACCAGUCCCACUUGAAGUCUACUACGAACCCCAAAAAUAAGAUAUUUGCCUCUUCUCACCGCUCCAGAGUUAGAAGGAAAAUCAUUUGUUGUCAAAGAAAUAAAACUCUCCAGUAUUACUAACUCCUUAUUUUGCAGGAUGAGUGGCUCUAAAAGAAGAGCAUCCUGUUCCUUCGAAAGCUUUUGGUUUAUGAUUAAUAUAAUGCUUUUUCCGAUGUUAAAGAUUGUAUGGUCCUACCCCUAGUGUUUUAGUGUGUAAUUUGUUUUAUGAUUAAUAUAAUGCUUUUUCCGAUGU